AAGGCACGGAUGGAUUGAGGGAACAGCUAGGGCAGAGCAAAGCUUGAGCCACAGAGUGAGGAGGUGGAGGAAGAGAAAGAGAUCCAGAAUUGAAUUCCAGAAAAGCAGUGUCUGAAGUGCUCAGUGGAGUUUCCAGGGCUUCCUAGCAGAAGCUGUCACUGCUCACUUUUGCAACGGAGGACUGCAAAGAAAAUGGGGAUGAGGAUGCCUUGGCUAGCGCUGCUGUUUCAGAUCUGCGCUGUUUCCUUCUCUGGCAAAAGUGCUGCUCUCACCCAAGCGGAGGAGAAAGAAGCCCUGGAGUUUCUACUGCAGUUUGGAUACUUACAGAAACCACUGGAACACCUCUCCAACGACUUCACGGAACAAGAGAUUGAGGAUGCUGUGAGCUCCUUCCAGCUUGCGUCAGGACUGCCUGACACAGGUCACGUGGGCGCAGAAACCCUCUCCCAGAUGCGGCAGCCCCGUUGCGGCGUUGAAGACCCCUUCAACGAGAAGACCUUGAAAUACCUACUCUUGGGUAACUGGCACAAAAAGCAUCUCACGUACCGGAUCUACAACCACGCUGAGGAUAUGGGGGUCACGGCCACACGCAGGGCCAUCCAGGCAGCUUUCAAGUACUGGAGUGAUGUGACGCAGCUCACUUUCCGGGAAGUGCGGAUAGGCCGUGCUGACAUCCGCCUCACCUUCCAUGGUUCCUCUUCUUGGGACUGCAAACGGCCCUUCGAUGGGCCUGGGCAUGUGCUAGCCCACGCUGAUGUCCCUGAAUUAGGCACGGUUCACUUUGAUUCAGAUGAGUACUGGACUGAGGGAACUUCACGUGGUGUCAACCUGCGCAUCAUUGCCGCCCAUGAGAUCGGCCACGCGUUGGGAUUGGGUCAUUCCCGGUACCCAACAGCGCUUAUGGCUCCCUCCUAUGGUGGCUACCGGCCACGCUUCCAUCUGCACCAUGAUGACAUCAACGGCAUCCAGGCCCUGUAUGGCAAGAAGACUCCAUCAACAACGGCAACUGUGACCUCCCCUGCCCGCACAACGGUCCCUGUUGUCUCACGGAAGCCUAGUAAAGUCCCCAACCCAUGCAAAGAUGGGCUGGAUGCGAUCAUGCUGGGGCCGUAUGACAAGACAUAUGCUUUCCGGGGGGAUUAUGUGUGGACGGUGACAGACUUUGGUACCACCCCGCCACUGAAGAUCUCUGCACUCUGGAAGGGGCUGCCCGGGUGGCUGGAUGCUGCUGUGUAUUCUCCCCGUACUGGGCGCACUUACUUCUUCAAAGGUACUAAGCUUUGGCGUUAUCGGGGUUUCAAACUGGAUCCUGGUUACCCAAAACUCCUCACACGUAUCCCAGCCAAGAUAGAUGCUGCCUUCUAUUGGCCAGGGAACAAGAAGGUCUUCAUUUUUAAGGGCACAGGCUUCUGGCAAUGGGAUGAACUGGGGAGCUAUUUCUCCACGCUGCCCAGGAAGAUCUCCACUCUUUUCACGGGUGCUCCGUCCCACCUCGAUGCUGCAUUCACCUGGGAGAAUGGCAAGGUCUACUUUUUCAAGGGAAAGAGCUACUGGAGGCUCAAUAACCAACUACGAGUAGAGAAAGGCUACCCACUGAGCACAGCUGAGCGCUGGAUGCACUGCUAACCUGGACAAUGAUGCCCUGCUAGGGCUAGCAUCCGUUCCAGUUCUCAUGGACUCCGGAAUGGGAUUCCAUUUCUUUUUUUUAAACAUACCCAACAGCGACACCUACAGGUGGCAGGCAGGAGCAACGACUCAUCUGGAAAGGACUAAGUUGGAGUUGGGAGCGAGAACUAGUGACACCUUGUAAUUCUUUGUUCGUGUUGGUCUCUUAGCUCCCACGCAGCCUACACAUUUCCCUUUUUAGUGCUGGACUCCAGAAACAUCCCAUUUACCUUGGCAGAAAGGGCUAGCCCAGUUUCAAGGUGCAGGAGGCCUUGGAGAAGUUAUCCCGGGGGGGGGGGGGUGUCUGUCUUGCAGUGACAAGCCAGUAGAGCAAUCUAAAGCUGCAGAUAUUUUUUUUGAGAGAGAGCCAAAAGGGGCAUGAUAGGAAUAACAUUGCCCCAUGGUAUGCACACCCGCUCACUGUUGUACCUGGUCAAAUAGAUGUGCAAGGGGCUUGGUAGCAAAAUGCUGGCUGCUCAUUUUUCCUUGCAUCUCCAUCAAUAGAAGGUAGACCUUUUUUUUAAAAAAAAAAAAUAAGGCUGAGAUUUUACGGAAAGCAUCUGGAAGAGGACUCUGUGUGUGUGUAGCCCUUGUUCCCCACCCACCCAUAUGUUUAUGAUUGCUAGGACAGAUUCAUAGAUUCUUAUUAAGAAAACAUACAUGAUUGUAUUCCAUGUUGAUCAUGUGACAUUGUGGCUCUAGCCAUAUUGGCGUCAGAGGGCUCAAAUGUACAUAACUGGCUGUCGGCAGCAGUUAUGCCAGUUUUACUCCGUCCACAAUAAAAAGGGUAUGAUUUUUUGUGUGUGAUCAAUCUCGCUUUCCUCCAAGGAAAAACUCAGCAUUCUGAGAUACUUUCCAGGCCAGCCGAAGACAUUUUACUGCCGGAAACAGAGCAGAAAAGGGAGUCUUACCCCAUAAAGCAGGAUGGUACUCAAGGCCCAGCCAAGUUAUUUUAGCACCUGAUGCAGAAAAUGCCACAAGCACCUCUCCUCAUCCCUGGCAGCAAAAAUACAAUAAUAAUGCAUUAAAUAACUAAUGGUU